CUCGACCCUGAUACAGCCAUUUCGCACUGGACUUUCGAAGCGGCUAUGCGGGCCGCUGGGAGUGUAUGUCAGGCCGUGGACCAGGUGAUUGCAGGGGAGAACCGUAACGCCUUUUGUGCAGUGCGCCCUCCUGGGCAUCACGCUGGUCCAACGGGGAUUGUCAAGUGUGCCAACGACCCAGAGGGCGGUUCUCACGGAUUUUGUCUACUCAAUAACGUAGCCAUUGGGGCAGCGUACGCCCGAAGCAUGUACCGGCACGAAGGAAUACAAAAAGUCGCCAUUGUUGAUUUCGAUGUUCAUCAUGGAAACGGAACUGAAGAAAUCAUUCGUAAUUUGGUACCUUUAACGGAGAAGGCAACUAUUCGUACACCUUUUGCGGUUGGGGAACUAUCGUCGAGUACGUACCGCCCGUGGCUGGACGAGACUGAUAUCCAUAACGUAUUCUUUUCAUCAACGCAUGGAUACGGCCAUCGUGGCUUUGAGCAGCCAGGGUGGUUUUAUCCCGCUUCCGGGAAGUCCGGUGUGUCGGAGUCUAUAACAAACCCAGCUAUGGUGGAAAAGCCCAAUCAACGUCUGGAACUCCGGGACACGUAUCGGCAAAAGAUCUUUCCCCACUUGCGCGAAUUCGAUCCGGAUUUGAUCUUUAUCAGUGCUGGUUUCGACGCUCACCGUAAAGACACCAUGAAUUUUGGCUACGUAGGCAUGGUCGAAGAGGACUACGAGUGGGUGACGGAACAGCUGGUUAAAAUUGCGAACACUUGCUGUAACGGGCGGGUUGUUUCGGUAUUGGAGGGGGGCUACAAGAUUCACGGCGGUAUUGUUUCGCCCUUUGCCCGUUCCGUCGCAAGUCAC